AUGAGCCGAUUCCUGAAUGGGUUACGAAGCUGGCUGGUGAUGACGUCUGUCAUAGCUAUGGGUUUCUUGCUGAAGGGCUUCCGAGACCACACCUUUCUCUAUGAAAAGGUUUAUACCUGCAAGCCAGACCUGGUGAAUGGCCUCCAAGCUCGGACCUUUGGAGUCUGGACGCUGCUCUCAUCAGUGGUUCGCUGCCUCUGCGCCAUCGACAUUCACAACAAAACGCUCUACUACAUCACGCUCUGGACCUUCUUCAUUGGCAUGGGGCACUUCCUCUUCGAGUUGUUUGUUUUUGGGACCGUGGCUCCCACGGUUUUCAUCCUGGCAAUCCUCACGGUGGCAAGUACCUCAAUCCUGGGCAUGCUAGUGGGGCUCCGGCACCUAGAAGCAGAACCAGGAUCCAGACAGAAGAAGAGAAACUGA